CACCAAGACUGAAAAAAAUAAGUGAAAAGGUCAACGAACUUCCCAGAAGCAGCAGCUCCAAUAGUAGGUGGCAAUAAGCGGAAAAACGCGCGCGAGCGAGUCUCGAACCGGCCGGCUUAAAUCGGCAUCACAAAACCAGGAAAAAAUAAAGAUUGCAGCAGCAAAUCACACAAACAAAUCGAGGCCGCCGUUGCCGAGUGAAAUGAUGUUAUCUUUGUGAAUCACCAUAAGGCACAGCCAGCACACAUUCGCAUCAUAUCGUUACGCGUGUUUUUCUUACGCGCUGCGGCAGCACGACGAAUUCGCACGCCUCAACUGACGCGUGGUUGGUUUUGCGAAAUCUCAGUUGGAGGAUCUUCCCUCUGACUCCGUUGUCGUCGUCUCCUCGGUUUUCCUCAGGGCGGAUUGUUCCUUGUGCAAACAUCUCGGCCCCGGGUGAGGGCGGCGUUUCUUCAAAGGAAAAACGUAUGAAUGACGGAUCUCAAUGAACGACGUGUGCCUCUCGUUUGUCGGGUCUUUAUUAAUAGCUGACGCCUGAUGGUGUGUAUGUGUCCUCUGCGUUCGUGUUCUCCCCAUCAGGAGGAGGUUUCUUUGAGAAGAUCUUAAGCAAUCGUCAAGUGCGGUGGUAUGAUUAGAAGAAAAGGGAUUCGUCGUAAAUAAGUGUGGCGCGUUUGAGAUUUGUUAUUUCUGCGUAUUGCGGUUGUUAUUUUUGAUCCGUGGAAAGAGAAAGUGAACCUGCGAGUUUGAUUGGGCCGGGGAAAAAGUUCUGACGAAUUGGCAUUCGCGCAGAACCAUCCAAAACUGGAACAGAAACCAGACCAGAGGGAAGAUGAGGGUACUGCCAUCGGGGUUGUCGAAUAACAACAACAACGACCAAGUCAUCGUCGAGUUGCCCUGUGAAAAUGAGCGCUUCAUCGCCAGUUGUAGUGCCCGAGCUAAAUUUAGACAAUGGCAUAUAUUAUGUAAAGUGUGCCGGUAAAGCGGCUGCUGCCCGAAAUAACGCAUUCGUUCCGAUCCCGCCAAUUUCGCGAUUGAAUAACAACGAAGACGACGCCGACAACAAAAACAACAGCAACAACGAAAACAAGAACGGUUCAGCAGAAUCGACGACGACCGUGAUACUAUUGAACCGCCCAGGCGGAAGAACAGCAAGAGGUUGCAGCAGAAUUAGCAUAAGUGGUGACGACCUAGCACAACAACAACAUUGUCUGCCGGAACCGGGUGAAGAAGCCAGCAGCGAACGUAGCAGGCGACGGCAACUCGGCGAAAGUUCUCAAGACAACAGCACCACCGAAAAAAGCUGGUGGUGGACAACCAACAAAGGUCACCACAGCAAAACAAACCGACUGCUCAAGUGUGUCUGGAUGUGGUCUUCACUAUCCAACUACUGUCCCUUAUCCCAAUUAUCCCCCCUUUCCCAAGUGUUUAAGUGUCGCGCUGAUUCUCCCCGCUCAAGUGUGAAUGCUAAUGGCAGUGUUUCGCGAGAAGAGAAUAUCAAUUUUAGACCGCGAAACAAGAAGAAGCAAAAAAUGUCCACAGGCAAUCAUCAAUCGUCGUUGACGGUGGUGUCCCAGAUAAGGAAAGCCACUGCUGCUGCAACUGGUCAGCAACAACAGACGAUGGUGCCGGCUGGAGGAGGAGGUUGGUGGUUUGGCUGGAAACUGAUGAUGCUGGCACUGGUGCUAAUUGGAGUUAUUGAUUACUCGGAAGCCGGAACCUGUUGGUUGCGACGGAUGGAGAGCACCGGAAAGUGCAACAAACUAUUCGCCCGCAAUGUGACCCGGGAAAGCUGCUGCCACGCUGGGUCCGCACUGGGCUUCAGCGAUCGGGACAUCAACGAUGUGGAGGUGUUUUUCGUCAAUGCCUUCAACGACGGCAUGGACUGUGGGUCCUGUUUGGAUAGCUGCGAUAAGGCUAAAUGCGGUUUGAACAAACGUUGCAUCAUGAAGAAGGGCCGGCCGAAGUGUGUCUGCGCCCCGAACUGCAAGAGCCCCAAACAGGCCAAGCACUAUCAGCAGAAGCAGAACAUUAAGGUCAUCAGUUUGACCGAAAGUCAGCGAAACCGUGGACAGUAUUUUGAGGCCGGACAGCAGCCACGGGUCCAGUUGGCAGGCGGAAGCAACAGCAAACGAUCGGUUCGGCAUCCGGCGGAUGGCGGAUUUGCCAAUUCCCGGCACAACCCAAGGACUGUUGUAAAAACUAGCAUAAGUGAGAAAUCGACAAGCCAAAGAAGUAGCAGUAGUAGUAAUAGUAAUCGUAAGGAUAAUUUAUUUGAAUCUGUGACAUUAGCGAGUAGUAAAAGUAGAACUGAUAGUUUGGAGUCAAAUGGAGGCGGCGUGUGGCCAACCGAUCGUAUGGUGCUAAUGGCGGACAGUCCCGCUUCGUUGAGUCCUAGCAGCAGUAGUGCCAAUGUGCGGCACCGGAACCGGAAGGUUUCUGCCGAGCUCAAUAGGACGCUUUUGGACGCAGAGACGGCCACCCACCGAGGGCAGCAGCAGAGGCAGCAUCACAGUCGUGAUUUUGGCAAGCCAAGGUUACUGCGGAUACUGCCGGCUGGCUCGGGACGCAACGUUUCACUGACUGUUGGGAGGUCCCGGCAACCGCGGCAGAACGCAGGGGAUAUGUUCUACGUUGGUCCAGUUCCGGUGCCGCAUCGGAAGAACCGGAUGCAUGGGAUGGAUUUGGAGUUUGAGAAUGAAAUAACGCAACACCAUACCGGAUACUACAAUCCCGUUUGUGGAACCGAUGGGAAAACCUACAAAACGGAGUGCCAGAUGAAGAAACGAGCCUGUCGGCAGGAACGAACUUCUCUGGCUGUGGCCUACAAGGGACAUUGUCAAACUUCCUGUCGGUUCGUGCAGUGUCCGGAUGGGAAGCACUGCAUCGAGGACCAGAACGCGAUGCCCCACUGUGUGGCGUGUGCCAUGAACUGUCCCCCGGUGGAUGCCAGGGGAGGUGGACUGGCCAAAUCCGUCGUUUGCGGAACCGAUGGCAUCAGCUACCGGAGCGUUUGCGAGCUUAAACAGAAAGCCUGCCUCAGCGGUCGAGCCAUUCCGGUGGCCUAUCGGGGACGAUGCGUUGAAUCUGCUACCUGUGACACCAUCAAAUGCAAAGAUCGGCAGCACUGUUUGACCGAUUUGAAAACGCAUCGGCCGCGGUGUGUCAGCUGCAGCUACAAGUGCCCCCGGAUGAAGAUGCAUCAACAGCAGCAGCACCAGCAACAGAACCGUCAGAAUCGUAAGCUGUUUGGAAGGGAAGCUGGAAUUUCUGGAAGCCUCGGAAAAGCUCCACACAAAGGUCAAUCGGUGCCAAAUAUCAAACUUUGCGGAACCAACAAUCACACCUAUCACUCGUGGUGUCACAUGUUGCGGGAUUCUUGCCACACCGGUUUCUAUAUCGAUGUCCAGUACAACGGCGUCUGCAGUUUUGGAAAAAAUGGCAUGGCAUCGAAAAAGUUCUCCCUUCCGGUGCAGCACUCGAGUCAAAAACCUUAGCGUACAGCUGGGGGGGGGUGGUGCAGCAGUCAACAGAGGCUAAUGCGUUUUUGCCAGUGGUGGUAUGGCAGCACUGAACACUAAGCUGCGAAAACAGUGUUUGAAGCCAAAAGCAGCUACUUAUGUAUUUACUUUUAAAUAUUUACAAACAAGCAAUCGUUCUGUGAUGGUGCCUGGUUAGAAAUGCAAGCAAAAUUCAACAAAGAAUUUAGAAAAAAAAACUUUUGGUUGCUUACACUUUGUUAGGCGAGUUAUGUUGAAAUUCGGAUACAUCAUUCAGAUUUCAUUUUUUUAAAUUAUUUGAUUAUUGGGAUUUUAACAUCUGUGGGGACAUUCUUUCCUGCAGAUUUUUAUCAUUUUGAUUGACUGUACUUAUCAGGUUAACACCAAUAUUCAAAAACAUGAUUCAAGGGUCUUUAAAUAAGAACUGGAAUUGACUCAUCCCUCCAUUUCGUGUGGUUCAAUUUGGCCUUAAUGUUUUUUGCCUUUCGAUCAAGAUUAAAAAAUUGGCUCAAUGCAAGUUUUCCAUGUACUUUUCCAGGUUUGAAAAAAAUUUAAACAAAGUAUUUCUUUUACGUUUUUUGGCGAAAUUUUCUCAUAAGUGCUCCCAGCAAUUAUAAAAUCGCAUAAGAAAAGAUAACUCAAGUCGUUAACAGCAUUACAACAAAUUGCAAUUCCUAUUAAAUAAGAAACGAAUCGAGAAAAUGGUUACUUGAAAUCGGUUUAAAGCGAAUAUUGUUCUAAAAAAGAUUUUGCUUAAAUUGUUCUCCAUUGCUGGCUUCAAUCGAGAAAACAGCCUUGUUGUUCUGCAAUGUAUAUGAGCCUUGAAACAAGUUUGUUAAGAAAAUUACCUACAUAAAUGUUCGCUAGGUUUGCAUCAGUUUAUUUCCAUUCAAAAGGCUUGAGGUCAUGAAUAUGGAAAUCCAUUUGGGUAACACGUCUUUUAAAAGCACUGCACAACACAACCAAUUUAAAACGAAAUGGGAAAUUUUCCUCUGAAUUUCAAGAAAGUUUAUCAAUUUUUUUCAUUUUGGGGGUCAAACCCCCUCCCUUCCCUCAGGAGGGUUCAAAAAAAGCAAGCGAGGUAUUCUAAUCCACACACAAAAUUUUUAAUUCCCUGACAAAUUUGAAUGAUUGAGUAAGGUUAUUUAAGAGUAAUAAUCUUUAUUCAAAACUUAUGCCAAAAUCUCGAAAACUUAUCCCAGGUUCAGAAUUCUGCUACAGUUUAAAUUUUUUUCAUUUAUUUAAAAAAAAGUCUGUUUGAAAUAUUAAAUUAUAAAUAAAAUAUUUUUAAUUGCUUUGGAGGUUUUGGUUCCAUAUUUUCAAAAACCAAAUUAUGUUACUGUUUUUAUUUUUUGGAUUCUGUAUCCAGUUUGGGAUUCUAAAUUUUCAGUUCGAAUCAUCAUAAGAAAAAAAUGGAAUACUGCUGUGCAAUCACGGUUCAAAUAUUGUUUGGUAUUCUGUGCAACAUUUAAUUUACAAUUUUCGAUUCAAAAAUGCAUUUUGAUUAUUUAGAAAAUAGUUUUCCGAAUAUGACAAAAAAGAAUAUAAGAAUCAUCCUGACUCUUUGUUCACCAUUUAGAUUCGAAGUUCUUAAACUAAACUCUUAUGAAAAACAUCAACUUAACAGAGCUUCGAACUGGCUGUCCAGAAUUAAAAUCUCAGAAUCAGAUUGAUCAUUCAAAAUUAAUUUUAUUUUUUGGCUUUACAAGUCAGAUUCAAACCAAAAACACAAAAAAAAAUAAAUUAAAGCUUCAUGAUUGAGGGCCCUGAAACUUAUUUCACUUCUUGGCUCAUAUUUAAAAAUUCUGACUAACAAUUUUGAUUCAGAAAUCUUUUUUUUUUUGUACAUCUCAGCGAUCGUAUUGAAAUUCGCAAACAGAAUCAAAUUUCAAAUUAUGAAUUUCGAGGGUGAAAACAACAGGUUAAUACCUCACUAAAUAAAAGAUGCAAAAAAAACUAUGAAUUCAGUAUCAAAAUUAAGAUUAAAAAUAAUUAUUCCAAAUUCAGAUUCAGCUCAGAAAUGAGUGCAGUUUUAAAAAUAACAAGAUGAAUAUUUCAUGAAGGAAUUCAAAUAGCAAGAGAUCGUAGACUUAUAACGUUGAAUGUCGGGUUAACUAAAUUCUAGAUUUCAAAUUUUGAAUCACAGUCAGUUUGUUUACACAAUUCAGCUGAAAAUUACAAAUGUAUGUUUUAAAAUUAUCCACUAAAUGUAAUUUAUGAUACAGAUUUUUAAUUAACAGUAUUCACUGAAAAAUAAACAUUCACGUAUAAAAAAUCUGCAGUAAAUGCCAUAUUUUCUUGGUGGAUUGAGUAACUUUUCAAUAGUGCAAUUUUUCAAGAGCCAAAUUUCAAACUUAAUUUUAAAAUUUGAUUUACAAUUUUCAUCGAUGAAAGAAAUCAUAAAAUUUUUCCCAAUAGUUUGGUAGAUUUAUCUUACUUUAUUGAGGCAAAGAAUAAGUUUUUUUUCAAAAAAAUUUAAGGAUUUCAACUAAUUCUUUGCUCAAAUCAAAUACCUUAAAUCUCCCAGAUUCCUAAACAAAUUCAAAAGAUUCAGCCAACAAUGAAAGUAAGUUCCCUAUUUUGUAACUGAAUGCUUUAUUAUGGAAAUUGAACUAACCAUUUCAUUAAUUUUAGUACUUUUUUGCAAAAGUUACUUCUUAAUAUUUCAAAUCUUUUAGUGUAAAUGAACUUUCAAAUGAAUGAUCAAAUAUGUAGUACUAGAGAUUUUUUGACAUUUUUUGUAUAAAUUUAAACAGUUUUCUUGUGCUAAAAUUCAGAUCAAUGACAUUUACGAUCAGAUUUAUUUUCAUCAAAUUUUCAGUACACCGCUGGGGUCUUUUCCAUACAAAUUAUACUAGAAAAAGCAGUUCGAAUUCAAAUACGCAGAGACUGUUUCGGUUGUGAAUGUACCCAAUAAAAAGUUAUGGGGGGCGUGAAAAUUUGUGAAUUGAAAAACUCUUCACAUAAAUACAUCUGGCAGCGGUCUAACCUAACGUUGUCUGAUUGCCCGGUUUUAUAUUGGUUUGCCCGGAUAUUUAAUACAAAAUUUUAGAAAAGUUUGGUCCGGCCUUAUUAUAGGAUUUCAUUUAAAAAAUAGUUCGGGAUUUGCCCAGAUUUAUUCAUUUCAUUUACCAAACCGUACAAAAAAAAAAAAAAAAUUGUGUUAAAAAAAUUUUUUAUUUAUGCGGCCAAAUCGAAAUUUUCGAGCAAAUUUUACAGAUUAUUUUUGAAAGGUGUUUUGGAAGCCUAAAAUACAAUUUAAAACCUGCUGAUGAGUUUUGAUGAAAAAACUUUGUAUCCAAGCUUUUUUUCUUGAUUUUUGUUAAAAAAAAAUUUUUUAAAAAGAUUUUUGUUGAGAAAAUCUUGAACAAAUUUUCCGGGAUAUUGCCCUUAUAUUUUGUCGACAAUUUCUAAAGCAAAUGUCCGGAUUUUUCCAGGUUUUCAGAUAAAAUUGCCCGGAUUUGUCUGGCCCGGAUAUGUAUCGAAAAAAUUCUGACCUCAGUCUUACCCAGAUAGUAUUCGUUCUGUGAAUUGAAAUUGCUUCUUAAAACUUGCUUAUUUAUUUUUAAUUUAUCAAAUUAAGAAUAUUAAUGCUCCAAUCCUUUCAAAUGGUCUUAUAAAACUAUUCAAAAAUCUAAGUUCUUCAUCCUAAUUGUGAACAUUUUAGAAAAUUGGUUUAUGAUUUAGAAUGUAGAAGAACUAAACUAAUGCUUAAAAUAGAAGCUGUGUUAAAAAAAAACUACGUUUAAAUAUGGUUAUUUUAAGAUCUGGAUUGCCCAGUUUUAUCCGGAUUUGCCCGAAUUUUUUAUACAAAAUUUUAGAACAGUCUGGCCUGGUCCGAUUGCCUGGAUUUCAUUGAAAAACGCCCGGACUUUGCCCGGAUUUUUUCACUUUAUUUGUCAAAUAAAACAAAAAAAAAUUGUUGUAAUUUUUUUUUAUUUAGCUACAAAAACAGAAAUUUUUGAGCAGAUUUUGCAAAAAUAAUCAUGAAAGGAUUUUUCGAAGAUUAAAAUACGAUUUCAAAAGUGUUUUUGAAUUUUGAUGAAAACAUUUUUUUUUUCAAUUCUUUAAUCAUAAUUUUUGUUGAUUAAUUGCUAGGUUUUGACAAAAUUUGCCCGGUUAUUGCCCGGAUUUUUGGUUUUGAUUUGGAAAUUAAAUGCCCUGAUUUUGCCAGGUUUUUCAAAAAAAAAUUGCCCGGAUUGUCCGGCCCGGAUACGUGUUGAAAAAAUUCUGGCAACCUUAGGUUGUUUACAAGGCUUUAUUUUAUUUAAGAAUUUUCCGAGCAGCCUUUUAUGCCAAAAUUCUUCCUCAUUUUGUCAUCAUGCUCUGCUAGUAAAUUUGAUGAAAAGUGGUAUAAUGUCAGAAUUCCGGUGUAAAUUUUCAUAAACGGAUACCAAAGCUAAACCCAUUGUAGAUUUCACUAAAAAAAACUUCACUAAAUCCUUUAUGAUACCUUGAUGAGUCAUCGCUUCAAAAUUAGGUUUGAGAGCUCAACGAUGCCAGUUUGAGGUUUCAUGUACAACCAAAAUUUGGCAACGUUGAGCUCUUGAAACAUCUAAAGAAAUGGCAUCUUAACAAGGUAUUAAUUAGUCUUUUUACCAACCAAAAAUUUGGCAUAGCUGUACUAUCUAUAUUGAAAAAUUGAGUACAAAAAUUAUACCACCUUUAUUUGGCUAAAAUGAUAUCCAUUUUUUUU